AUGACACACAAGAAGAAUCCCCCGCCAUACGGGUUGGGUCAGAGUCAGCAGAAGAAAAAGAAUACUCAUGCAAAGAAUGCGCCCAAUGGAAGUUGUUCAUUAUCGAAGAUCAUUGCGAAUGAUUCUUUACUUGCGACCGAAUAUGAAAAGAACGCGACCUCAAAGAGCCUUUAUGGUGACUCCACCGCACGCAUUUCAAGCAACCUGAAUAACAUUCAUGAUCGAAUCCGCCUUCGCGCGUACCAAUCUGUCUUGAGGUGCAUUAAGGGAAAGUCUUUGCUUCACAUUGGAUGUGGCAUGGGGCUGAUAUCGUUGAUGGCUGCACGUAGUCUAGCCUCCGUUGUUGUGGCGAUUGACAACUCUGCCAUCGUUGAUGCAGCACGGGUGGUUGCAGAACAAAAUGGACUGCAAAACAUUAGUUUCUUUCGUGGAUCUCUGCGUGAAAUGGUGGAAAAGUUUCCCGUAAAGAAGUUUGACGUUAUUCUCUGCGAAUGGAUGGGCACCUUCCUUGUGAACGAUCCGCUGCUGGAGGAUGCCCUCUUUGCGCAGGAAAAUCUUUUGGCUGAGGGCGGCGUCAUGUGCCCGGAUGGCUCGUCAAUCCACAUUGUUGGCGUCAGCGACUACUCCUUUCACCUAAACACGGUAGAGUACUGGAGCAACGUGUACGGCUUUACCAUGGAGCCAAUGAAGCAGCUUGUGCGUAAAGAGGUAGAAACCUGCGCUAUUCCCUUGUCAAACAUUGUCACUGACACUUGCCUGGCUCACACCGUCAAUAUUCAAAGGUUCAGAGGUGCCGAUGAGAAGGAUUCCGAGAAUGGUUUUGUUGUCCCAUUCAAGGUGAGGGCGACGUGUAACACGACGGUGAACUACUUGACUUUCUUUGUCGACGCCACCUUUACAAAUCAGCAUGACCCCGGUGCCAACUUCGUCAUUGGUAUUCGCCCUGGCGGUGGCAAUGCCUGGACGGAGACAAGCGUCGGGCUGCUUGACCCAUUGCCACUUAAUUGCGGUGAGACGCUCUCGGGUGAGUUGCGCGUCCGUGUAUUGGACAGGGAACGGGGCACGACGUUGGUGGAAGUGAAGGCACAAACCGAUGGUGCUGUGGUGGCACAGAAGACGACGGGGUCAUAUGUCUACCAGAGCUUCUAG